GGCGAAUUCAGGCUCCGUAGAAUUUGCCUAUAAAGCGACAGCACUCGGGCUCUGUUGCGGCUCAAAUCCUCCGCCGUGGCCCAUACCAAGCCCAUUCCUAAUUCGCGACUCGCUUCUGCAACAACACAGUUCGACAAGAUCGACCAUCUUGUCUAUUAUUCGUUAGCCGUUAGUCCAUCAACCUGGUCCAUUCCGACAAUUUCGUCAGCACCGGUCCAACCAAGCAAUACCAGGCCAAGGCAGAUUAUUUUUCGUGUGCCUGCUUGCAAAAGAAUGAUGGUUACAAUGACCAGAAAACACCAGGCUGAUUAUAUCCUUGGUAAUAACCCGGCGGAUAUGAGCUACUUGGUUGGAUAUGAAGCAAAAUAUCCUCUUCAUGUUCACCACAGAGGCACUUCCAUUGCUUCAAUCUUUUCUCUUCACAGUGAGGUUGGCUGCACUCAAGGAUUUGAGCUGUGGUAUAACCGUGCUGAGUCAAAUCCUAAUGUCAUCUGUGGUGCCUUCGUGGGUGGUCCAGACAAAAAUGAUGGCUUCUCUGAUGACAGAUCCAAUUAUGAACAAACUGAGCCUACACUUUCAGCUUCUGCUCCUCUUGUGGACAUCUUUGCUAAACUGCAGAGUUUGUAUUGUAAUAUAGGUGAAGGUUACAACCAUAAUGAAUCACCAAUGCCCCAACAAAAAACACAAAGGUACAACCAAGAUGAAUCACAAGUGCCCCAACAUAAAACACCGAGCACAUAUACAGGAAAAGAAACGGCAUCUAAAACAUCAGAAGGUGUCCCGGUGCAAUUUCUUCUCUCAAUAAGUAGCACAUGGACUGUUGGAGGUGCAACCUACUACCGUCACAGGCUCUUUAUGGGGUCUCUCUUCAACAGAAGAAAAGGACACCUAUGAACUUCCUCAAUGGCAGAAGGCUUUGAACCCUCGCUCUGAGUGUAUAUUUGUAUAUGACCCCAGGAUAAAGUUUCCAUUAAAAGCUUCCAAUGAUCAUUUUUAGAGGCCACGUCGACAAAGGAAACACUUCUUACACAAGUUUAAUUUGAUAGUUAAACUUGUAAUUUUGUAUUAUCAAUUUAUCAACCCAGUUCAUACCUUACUGUACACACUUAAAUUGUAAUAUCAGUUUCCGAAAUCUCCCUAUUUGAUCCUACAAACAAUCAAUAUAUGAAAAGUUACCAACGAGUCUAAAAAUAUACGAGCUUGUAUUAUGGUAUUAAGGUGCAUGCGACUUUUCAUGCCUAGCAUGGCCAUGUGCAAGAGCAAUGGCUAGCUAAGGCACUCUCUGUCAUGUCACAA